AUGCAGCUUACCCAGCUGAUCAACGCCGCCCUGCUGGCUCUGGGCGCUGCUACCGUGGAAGCGGGCCCACUUGUUAAGCCUUCUGCUGCUGCGUCGCCAUCGACGGCGCUGAGCCUUGCCAACGCCACGCUCGAGCAGAUUUCGCAGAAUGCCCUCACGGUUGCCAAGGCGAGGAUCCCAUCCAACUCGACGUGCACGCCCGACAAGCUCUCUGUCCGCAAGUGGUGGGGCGACCUGACGGCGGACGAGAGAAUCGAGUACAGCAACGCGGUGCUGUGCCUGCAGAAGACGAAAGCCAAGACGCCGUCUGCGCUCGCGCCUGGAGCGAAGACGCGCUACGACGACUGGGUCGUCACUCACAUCAACCAGACGAACUACAUCCACUUCAGCGCAUCCUUCCUCACCUGGCACCGGUGGUUCACGUGGGAGUACGAGCAGGCGCUGCGCAACGAAUGCGGCUACACGGGCGCGCAGCCGUACUGGGACUGGACCAAGACGGCCGAGACGGGGCUCGAGCAGUCGCCGCUCUUCGACGGCAGCGCGACGUCGCUCUCGGGCAACGGCGCCGCGGUGAAGUACAACGCGACGGACCACGUCAUCAUCAACGGCGCGACAGAGGCGCCGACGAUCCUGCCGCCGGGCACGGGAGGCGGAUGCGUGACGUCGGGCCCGUUCGCCAACAUGACGGUCAACCUCGGGCCGGACGGGCUGAGCCUGCUCAACGGCAAGAGCGACAACUCGUCGUACCCGUUCGCGCACAACCCGCGGUGCCUGAAGCGCAGCCUGACGGACGAGGCGAACCAGCGCUUCGCCAACGCGACGAGCGUGCGGCAGCUGCUGACGGGGCCGACCGACCUGCUCGACUUCGAGCUCACCAUGCAGGGCUACCCCAACACGGACGAGCUGGGCGUCCACGGCGGCGGCCACUUCUCGCUCGGCGGCGACCCCGGCCGCGACCUGUACGUCUCGCCCGGCGACCCGGCCUUCUUCGUGCACCACGCCAACGUCGACCGCAUCUGGUGGCAGUGGCAGAUGCUGGAGCCCGCGUCGCGCACCGCGGGCGCCACCGCCGUCGCCGGACCAGUCACCAUGUACGACAGCUUGGAGCCGCACCGCAACGGCACGCUGGAGGAUGUGAUGGAUCUCGGCUUCGUGGCGCCGGGGGCUGAGAAGAAGAUUGGAGAGCUGUUGAGUACGACGGGGGGCCCCUUCUGCUAUGUUUAUGAGUAA